AUGUCAGCUAGUGUCGACGAACUGACCUGCAGAUUCGUUGGCAGAAAUGGAAAGAAAUAUGAAAUACAUGCUAAUAUUACGGAGACAUACCCCAACACACCUCCUGUAUGGUUUGCAGACAGUGAGGAUCCCAUUGUGACGAAUGCAGUCCAGAUCCUGAGUAAUACACAAGGCAGGGACAAUCAUGUUAUAAACCAGGUCGGUAUAUUGUUGAGAGAACUAUGCAAGUUACACGGUGUUCCAGAGCCUCCAGACUUGGAUUCUUUGUCACUGCCAGUGCAUCCAGCACCACAACAGAGAGUACCAAGUGUAACGUCAAAUGGAGCAGAGUCUGGUACUGAAGAAGAUGAAGAAAUGCCUGGAGAGGAAGAUGAAUCUGAGGGGGAGGAUGACUUGCCACUAGAAAUGGUCGAUGAUGCUGGACGCAGCAAUAAGGACGACAUGGAAACAGAACACUUAGCUACAUUGGAGCGGCUUAGACAAAACCAGCGGCAGGAUUACCUGUCAGGCAGUGUGUCGGGCAGUCUGCAAGCCACUGAUAGACUUAUGAAGGAGCUCCGAGACAUAUACCGCUCUCACUCCUUUAAGAAUAAUAUGUAUUCUAUUGAGUUAGUAAAUGAUUCCCUCUACGAGUGGAACAUAAGACUACGAUCAGUGGAUCCAGACAGUCCGCUGCAAAAUGAUCUACUAUUGUUAAAGGAGAAAGAGGGCAAGGACUCAAUACUGCUCAAUAUCAUGUUCAAAGAGACUUAUCCCUUCGAACCGCCCUUCGUUCGUGUUGUUUACCCUAUUAUAUCAGGAGGAUACGUGUUGGUGGGCGGUGCGAUAUGCAUGGAGCUGCUGACGAAGCAAGGUUGGUCGUCGGCGUACACAGUAGAGGCCGUGAUCAUGCAGAUCGCGGCGACGCUGGUGAAGGGCAAGGCGCGGAUCCAGUUCGGCGCCACCAAGGUCGUGUCGCAGUCGCAGUACAGCCUCGCGCGCGCGCAGCAGAGCUUCAAGUGCCUCGUGCAGAUACACGAGAAGAAUGGAUGGUUCACACCCCCAAAAGAGGAUGGCUAA